AUGGUUGACACUUCUUGGAUUUUGGCUGGAAAUACAAAUCCUGGGGAAAUAAGUUUUUCAACUUUUAGUGCAAAACAGAAAAUGCUCAAAAGAGAUUUGAAAACACUUUCCAGAGAGAACUAUUCGGAUAUACAAAACAGUGUGAGAGAGACUAACCUUUUGCUUCAAUCUGUGCAGAUAAAAGCCAUUACAAACCUUACCCCGGCUCUUUAUCAACAAGAGAGAGAAUUGCACCAAAAAUGGGAUAUGCUGCGAAAAGUAGAAGAAGCUUACUUCAAGCAGAGAUCACAUAUUAACUGGCUAAGGGAAGGAGAUUUAAACACUGCUUACUUCCAUCGCAUCACCCAGCUCCGAAACGCUUUCAAUGCAAUUCAGUCCUUCUCUACUCCGUUUGGCGUACUCGUUGAUGACCCCUCUGAAAUGAGUAGAAUGGCAGUAAAUCACUUUUUCUCUAUCCUUGGGCCUGGUGUUUUGCCUCCUCUAACAGUUACACCAUCGUGCAUCCAAAGUCUCAUAAGCUACCGCUGUCCCUCGGUCUUAAAAGCCUCAAUGAUCAGAAUUCCCUCUCACAAAGAGAUUACAAGGGUAUUGUUCAAACUCAAUGCAAACAAGGCAUCUGGGCCUGAUGGUUUUACCUCUGCUUUCUAUAAAGCUGCCUGGGGAAUACUAGGCUCCGAAGUUACAGCCAGCAUUCUCAAAUUCUUCCACACCUCGUUCCUCCCUUUGUCAGUCAAUGCCACCACUCUCGCUUUGAUCCCAAAAGUUCCUGGUGCUUCUGUCGUCUCUGAUUUCAGGCCUAUUUCUUGCUUAAACACUCUUUACAAGGUUAUAGCUAAGUUGCUAGUAGCAAGAUUAAAGCCAGUACUCCCAGAGUUGAUCCAGCGAAACCAGUCUGCAUUCAUAAAAGGAAGGCUGUUAGUGGAGAAUACCCUUCUUGCAGCGGAAUUAGUUAAUGGCUAUCACAAAGAAAAAGGACCUAAGCGUAUCACUAUUAAAGUGGACAUAGCCAAAGCUUUCGACACUAUCAGAUGGGAGUACAUAUUCAGCUGUUUGCGGGGAAUUGAAAUCCCAAAACUAUACCUCUGGUGGCUUCAAGCUUGCAUAUGCCUCUUUCACUGUCGGUUUCAACGGUCAGGUGUCCCUUUAUGCACAAAAAAGCUUACCUUACUGGACUGUGCUCCACUGAUUCAGAAAGUCAAGAGUAAGUUCAAUGCCUGGUCCACCAAAUCCCUCUCAUUCGUAGGUCGGCUACAACUUUUAAACACGGUUAUUGCUGGACUUACAAACUUUUGGUGUUCCGCUUUUGUCUUACCGAAGAAAUGCAUCCAAACCUUGAAUUCUUUGUCUGGAGCUUUUCUUUGGAAAGGAACUACAGAAGGUCAUCACUCAGCUUGUGUGGCAUGGGAAACAAUUACCACAGCUAAAUCAGAAGGAGGGUUGGGUAUAAGGGAUCUACAACUAUGGAAUAAGGCUUGUAUGAUAAAACUUAUCUGGCUUUUACUUUUUCGCUCCGGAUCAGUUUGGGUUGCCUGGUUCAAGGGAGCGGUUCUCUCUGGUAAGCUUAGCAAUUUCUGGACUCGAAAGCCAAGCACUAGGUACUCAUGGUUAGCAAACAAGCUCUUCAAACUGAGGGACGAGGUUUACCCUUGGAUAAAGCUAAAAGUUGGAGAUGGCAAGAACUGUCAGUUCUGGAGCGAUAACUGGUGGAAACUGGGGAAACUAUCGACUUACCUACAAGGUGAAGACCCCCUGGGAAUCCCCCGUGGCUCAACGCUUGCAGAUCUCUGGAGGGAAGGCACUUGGAGAAUUCCUCCGGCUCGCUCAGAGGCACAUGUCAACUACCACAUCGAACUAGCAUCUAUCCAACUAUCAAAAGAUGCAGAUCAGUAUGUUUGGUGGCUGAAUGAUCAAUUGCAAGAUAGCCACGAAACAGGAAAAAUCUGCCUAGCUUAUAAAGGAAACUUACCUCGAGUUUCAUGGCACAAAGUAGUUUGGUUCUCCAGAGGAAUCCUGAAGCACUGCUUUCUCACCUGGUUGUUUGUACUGAACAGAAGCCCCACUCGAGAUAGGCUUCGAUCUUGGGGACUCCAUGUGGAUCCGGCUUGUCUAUUUUGUGCAACGGGAGAAGAAAGCAGGGAUCAUCUAUUCUUUGACUGCCCAUUCAGCUGGACUUUAUGGAAUCUCAUCUCCAACCGAUGCUCUCCCUCUCCGACGCGUUCUUGGACUGGAUCACUGCAAAAUCUCAUCAACUAUCAGGGACCUAGAGAAGCCAAGAUCCUUCUUCUUACUGCCUGA